UUUUGCCUCUAUAUUCUCGUUGGACACUUUAUGAAAGUAUGCUAAAUGAAUCUCAUUUUAUUUGUGAAAGCAAACUUUGGUCUCAACGAGGAGAGGAUAAAUUUAAAGAAAUUCUUGCAAAGAUUGGUUUAACCCUCGCUGAAUGCCGCCAAAAUUUUGAAGUAAUCAAAAAAGAUCGCCGUUUGGAAAUUUUUAAAUUAAUAAAGGAAUAUUUAAAUAAAACAUUUGCUUCAUUCAAUACUAAUUUUGGAUUUAAUUCGACUUAUAAUGCUGUUGAUUUUGCUAGAAUUUUAACAAUUAGAUUGGAGUGGAAUCAGUCGGACAAGCCUGACAGUGAACUAAGUAGACGUUUUGAGUCAACAAACGAGAUUUUGAGAGAAUUUUUCAAGACGGGAGGACGUGAAUUACCCCCUCUAAAACAUUCCGUAGAGCUUUACAAAAUGGCUUUGAAAAGUUUAAAUGAAUUGGUUAAGAGGUCAAUAGCUCAAAAACAUGUUGUUUUAAUGUCAAGAUUUUUCCUGCUUUCGCUUUCUGAUCAGUGUUCAAUGCUCGGUCUCCUCUCUUCAAGGCAUUUUCUCUUUUUAUUUUUCCAUUCAGUAUUGCGUGCUUAUGUGUCUACGAAUCCAACCUCACGUGGAACCAAACCUUUCAUUCUUAUUUUUCCCUUGUUGGGUGAACAUUCAGGCUGGUAUUUGAUAUCCGGGUUAAUGCCUUUAGUCGAAAUAAUGGCUGAUACAAGUGGAAAAAGUGUAAUUGGAAGUGCAUUUAAACACGUCGCAAGAGAAGCAAAUAUAGAAAUUCGACAUACUUUUGAUUCAAAUGGUUUAAAUAUGGCAGCACUUCCUGUUCGAGCUGACUGGCUUAAACUUUAUAAAGAAUUAUUGAGAGCUGGCAGAGAGUUUCCCCAGUACAGCUACAAACAUUUUGCCCGUCGUCGUGUCCGUGACUAUUUUGAACACUCGAGGACUGAGAAUUUAAGUGAAAGCAGAUUGGCCGAGAUGUACGAGGAAGGAAAGAAGUCGUUGGUCAGUUUUUUUUAGAAAAUACUGAAUUUGGAUCCAUCCCAGAAGGUCAACUAAUUAUGAGUAAAGGCGUAAAGGGCAACUCCAGCGGGUUAAGGGGACUCGAGAUAAAGAUAUUUUUUGAAGGUCAUAUCCUCCCUUUUACCCUAUCCGACAAUUGCACUCGAGUUUUCCGUCGUCUGCUCCUCAAUCCCAACAAGUCCAUCUUAUCCGCUCAAAUCCAGUAAGUUG